AUGGCGACUCUCAACGUGCUCGCGUUCGAUCCUGACGGUCGCCCAGUAGAGUUUACCACCUGGCUUGACGACCUGCAACUGUUCCUUCUGACUGAUGCCAAGGACGGUGUUUCCCUGUAUGAUUACGUGUCUGGCACUGCCGUUGCUCCUGCUGACACUGCGCCUGCUCUAGACCGCUCCCAGUGGCAGACCCGCGAUGCUGCUGCGCGCCUCGCUAUUCGCAACCAUCUUCCGAUCACAGAGCGCGCGCAUUUUAGCCAGCACAAGACUGCCAAGGCGCUGUACGACGCUGUAGUUGCCCGCUACUCUUCCCCGGCCACUGCAGCCCUCGGUCGACUUAUGCUACCCUACUUGUUCCCCGACCUGUCCUCAUUUACCACCGCUGAGGACCUCAUCUCUCACCUACGCGCUAGUGACACUCGCCUUCGUGCCGCCCUUCCAGCCGAGUUCCUCGCAGAGAACCACCCCCCGAUGUACUUUACUCUCUAUUUCCUCAUCACCCGCCUCCCUGACACUCUUCGCUCAGUCAGGGACCACUUCCUCGCCCUUGACCCCCAUUCUCUCACUGUCGACGACCUCGAGAAGCACCUCCUAGCAGCCGAGAAGAACAUUCUAGCUGUAGGUGCUGCUCGUGGCACUCCCCGCACUCCCCUCUUUGAGGGGUGCUCCCCCUCCCCUCUCACCCCUUCCUACGCCUCCGCAGCUGCUUCUGUCGACCUCCUUGGUGCUGAGAAGGUCGCAGCUGCUUCCGCUCCGAGUGGGAAGCGCAGCGGCUUCAAGGGAGGCAAGGGUGGCAGGGGUGGCGGACGUGGCGGUGGAGGGGGCGGUGGUGGAGGCGGCGGGGGCGGUCGUGGGGGUGGAGGUAGUGGUGGGGGUGGUGGUGGUGCCGGGAGCGGUGGCGGUGGCAGCGGCGGGGGUGGCGGAGGGGGGAGUGGUGGUGGCGGCGGUGGUGGGGGCUUGGGUGAGGCCGGUGGUGGCCAGGGACAGCAGCAGCAGCAGCAGCAGCAGCAGCAGCAGCGUCAGCGCCAGACCCCCACUUCCCAGCAGCUUCUUGACUGGUAG